UAAAAGUUCGUAACAUAUAAGACAGACUAUCUGGCUGACCGUUACUUCUGUUGUUAAUUUCCUAAGAGAUCUGUGCCGCAGCAAGAUUCAUCGUGAUGUUGCUCAUGGUGAUUGUGUUGUGCGCCGGGCUGGUGACGGCCGCCCCAGGUAAACAGCCCAAGGACGACAGUCUGAACCACUACAUGGACCUGGUGAUGGACAAUCUGCAGGUUAUGCUGGUGGAAAAUGGCUUGGAUCCCGUUGCUCUCCCUAACACCUCGAUGGGUUUCAGUGACACUGUGCUGGGCGUUGAGUGGCACGGCGAGGCGAAGCUGUAUGACGGGUGGAUGCGCGGACUGGCAUCCAUUCAUCGCUCUGCCAAUGCCGAGUUCAUAAAAAAUUCUGCGGGUGUUAUUCGCGGCAUUCUGGCAAGUCUGAGUCUCGGCGAAAUGAAGGGCCACUAUGUGUGUCUGGCCAAGUUCAUGGAUUUGGGUCCCGUUGCUGACGUCUUCAUUGAUGUCAGAGGAUCAGAUGUUUACUUCGAGGCUCUUCUGGACACUCAUCAAUGCAAAUUUAGAGCUGAAGUGUUGAAAGUGACCAAACUUGGAUCUAUUAAUGUGUCCAUUGAGGGAUUGAGUGUGCUUGGGUGGAUUGUGGCGAGCCUGAUGGACUUUGUCAUGAUAUUUAUCGGUGGUUUUGUGAGUAGUUUUGUAGAAACAGUGAUGAAAGAUAUGACUGAUCAGGUUCUGGACAGUAUUGACCUUUCACUUUUAGGUCCAGUUCUUGGAUGUGAUCCUGCUGCUGCUCAGUUGAUUCAGCUUCACUAAGAUCUUGCAAUGGAACGUGAAAGUUUCCUCUCCAUGUUUGCCACACCCAAUAAAAAGUAAUGCAACAAUUUGUA